AUGUCACCAAAUAACCCCCCCUGCCCCCUCCUCUCCCUCCCCGCCGAGCUCCACCUCGAAAUCCUCUCCUACAUCUCCACCCUCGCCGACCAGAUCUCCGCCAGCAUAGCUUACCCACCCUGGAGCAUCCUCAUCUCCAAAAGCGACCCUUUGAAACGACAAAGAUACACCCCCAACAGACCCUGGAAAAGCGCAGGUCUCCACAACCUCCUCAGUCCCACACACUACCACACGUUCUUCGGCAUAACCGCCAAAUCCGGUGUCAUAACUUCCUACAGUCUCUACACCUUUGACCGUCUACAUAAUGACUGGCACGAAGAAUUACAAAGAGUAGUAAGAUACCGUGCAUCACUACCCCACCGCUACGGACCCGGGAAACGAAUCUUCAAAGACGAUGAUCAAGAUCUUGGCGUAAACCGUAGAGAUUACACAGAUUUCUCGAAAUUACUUCGUAAAAUCGAUAUCUCCGGCAGUUCAGACGGCGGUGGUUGUGAGUUUAUGAUCGAUGAAACUUUGUUUUCACCGUUUUUGACAAGAGAGGUGAUAGAAGAAGAUUGGAAACUUCCAUUGGAUCUUUCGUUGAAUAACGAUAGAAUCGAAUGGACUUUUCUCGGCAAAAUGGUCCUACAAGGGUUUCCCAUCUCAUUUAGAUCAACGGAAUGCGGUCUUAUCAAGAACCAUCGAGAUUUCUAUACCAUCUACGUACCUGAAACAGAAUCAUCAUCAGAAAGCGGACUCACCCUCCGAAGAAUCGCUGAAAUAGCAGUGGAAAAACUCCAAGAAAAGAUCCCAUACGAGCUAGGAACCACCGAGAUUACAAGACUAGUCGGUCCGUUACAUCCUUACCGUGCGGACGGUCUGAUGAAAAGCGAAGGUUUAGAUCCGGAAAAGGAACAUAUUAUAUUAUUCGAUGAGAAUUGGUGUAAAACAUCGUUUCAUGACGGAGAAAUGGGGGUUGCUGUUUUCAUCCUGCCUUUUGAUGAUCAUGAGAAGAAAAUGGUGACCAAGUAUGUUUUGAAUAGGGAGGAUGCUUCUAAGAGGAUGUGGCUACCUCGUAUCUAUUAA